AUGAUUAAUUAUCAAGUAAUUUUGGCAACUCUGACCCUUGCAUGCUUAUCAACUGUCAGUGCAAGGUUUUCAAGAGGUAGAUGCAGCACACCCCAUUUGGAAUAAAACUUUGAUACUACAAGAUAUGCUGGCUUGUGGUAUGAAAUCUAUAGAGACUCCGAAACACCUUUUGAAACUAACAUGAAAUGUGUGACUGCUACUUAUGGAUUAAAUGACGAUGGAACACUUUCAGUGAAGAAUAUUGGAGUAGAUAUAGAUGAUGGAGAUUAAAAUAUCGCUUAAGGCUAUGCCUACUGCUAGAAUGGAGAAGGCGACUGCACAGUUAAGUUCAACUUCCUGGCAACUGGCAGCUACUAAGUUGUCGAGACUGAUUACGAGACCUACUCUUUAGUGUCAUCUUGCUCUGAUUAUUACUUCUUCAAAACUGAAUUCUUCUGGAUUCUAUCUAAAAACUAAACUCUCCCUGAUUCAAAGAUCGAGCAACUUAAAAAUGUAAUCGAAAGAGAGCUCCCUAACUACACGUUUGGAAACUUACUAAAGACCCAGCAUGAUGAAACUUGCGUUUACCCAAGAAAUUGA